UCCCCGGGCCUGGGCGGAGAGGGAGGAAAACUUCCUGGCUGGAGCUCCUGCGGUUCUGCCUGCCAGUCCUCCAAUCCCUCCUACCAGCGCUGGCUCUUCCCCACCCCUCUCCCGGCACCCCUAGUGUCCGCCAUGGCCAAAGCCUACGACCACCUCUUCAAAUUGCUGCUGAUUGGGGACUCAGGGGUGGGCAAGACUUGUCUGAUCAUUCGUUUUGCAGAGGACAACUUCAACAGCACUUACAUCUCCACCAUCGGAAUUGAUUUCAAGAUUCGAACUGUGGAUAUAGAGGGAAAGAAGAUCAAGCUGCAAGUCUGGGACACAGCUGGCCAAGAGCGAUUCAAGACAAUAACUACUGCCUAUUACCGUGGAGCCAUGGGCAUUAUCCUAGUAUACGACAUCACAGAUGAGAAAUCCUUUGAGAAUAUUCAGAACUGGAUGAAAAGCAUCAAGGAGAAUGCCUCAACUGGAGUGGAGCGCCUUCUCCUGGGGAACAAGUGUGAUAUGGAGGCUAAGAGGAAGGUGCAGAGGGAGCAGGCUGACAAGUUGGCUCGAGAGCAUGGAAUCCGGUUUUUUGAAACAAGUGCCAAAUCCAGUAUGAAUGUGGACGAGGCUUUCAGUUCCCUGGCUAGGGACAUCUUGCUCAAGUCAGGAGGCCGGAAAUCAGGAAACAACAACAAGCCCCCAAGCUCUGACCUGAAAACAUCUGACAAGAACAGCAACAAGUGCUCCCUGGGCUGAGGACUUUUUUACCUCCCCACCCUAAGCCUGGAAGCUGAACCUGAGAGGGAGGUGGGCUGGGGGGCGCUGUACAAGGGAGGAGCAGUGGCAGGGCUGGGAGGGACAGAUGAAUCUUUAAGGAGAAUGUAGAGAAAAUGGAGGAGAAAAGGAAAGAAAAGAAGAAGGGCAGGGGGAAGAAAGGGGAAAGAAUUAAGGAUGUGAAAGGUAAAGAGGAUGAGAGGGAAGAAGAAAGGAAGAAUAGAUGGUCUCAGGUCUUGGACUGUCCUUGGGGUUUAACGUCAAACAUUAAUGUAAAUAUAUUGAUUUACUCUGUUAGUGGAUCAGGUUUUAGGGCUCUGAGAGGCCGGCUCAGCACCCCUCUGAAGGUUUCUCUGCAGUCUUUGUCAGUAUUAAAGGCUGCUGUUUU